AUGAAAGAUAUUGAGAUAACCAUUGACAAUUGUGCUUAUGCAAAAAUUUUUAUGCAUGCUUUAAAAAAUUCUUAUGAUGAUGUCUGCGGAAUAUUAAUAGGAAAAUACUCUGAAGAUGAAAAAAAAGGAAAAAAAUGUUCUAUUACUAAUUCUAUACCCUUAUUUCAUACACAUAUAUUAGCUCCCUUUCUAAAUUUAUCAUUUACAAUGGUAGAGAAUUAUUACAAAAAUAAAGAAGAAAAAAUUAUUGGUUAUUAUCAUAUAAAUGCUGAUGAAUCAAAGAAUAAUGAUAUAAAAAAUAUAAAAAUUUGUGAAUUAAUUUCAGAUAAAUUAAUAAAAAAUUAUAAAAAUGCCCUAAUUUGUCUAGUUCAAAUAUCAAAGAUAAAUAAUAACGAUGAUAAUUGCUUAAAUAUUUACAUGAAAGGAGAUACUUUCGAGUGGAAAAAUGUAGAUAUAAAUAUUUCUAAUGAAAAUAAAGAAUUUUUAAAAAAAUAUAUUUCAAAUAAUAGUUAUAUGGAUAUUUGUGACUUUGAUGACCAUUUAAAUUGUAUUAAUUACGAUUUUAUGAACCCAGAUUUAUUCAAAAAGGUUUAA